GAGCGCAUGGGGGCGGGGUUGCGACCGAGGGGCAGAUACCGUGAUGGAUGCAUGGUCAACACGUCAACCGCGUUUCAUCUCGCUUCCCUCAACAUCUCUCGUACUAUAGAGAAUCGGCGACUACACACAUCAUUUCCCAUCUUGAUUUUCUUCUACAAGUGUUUAAUCUCGCUAAAUAUGGGCGCAAAUCAGUCCAGGCCAUCCGAAGAGGACAUCGAGGAGCAGCUUAUGAAGCGCCUCAAGGCCCUCGACGCCAAGGACAGCCAUACCCUCUACGAACCCUACAGCAAUUCCCUCAGCGAGAAGGACGGAUACGUCUACGUCGGCCAGGAUGCUCCUCCCUCAUCUUUGUCCUUUCGUAGGCCUUAUCAGCAAAAUCUAUCUGCCGUUCAGGCAUGGGAGGAGGAGCUCAUGGCGGACCCAAAGAAUCGUCUUGCGCUCGCUGCCUUGAGCUCCAACCCAGCCAACGCCGUCUUGUCCUCUCGCGCGGCUACCAUAUCUGAUACCCAGACCUUCAACAUCAAGAUCCCCACCGAGGGUCUCCCCGUUACUAAUCAACGUAGCUCAGGAAGAUGUUGGCUUUUCGCUUCCACGAAUGUAUUCAGGAUCCCGGUUAUGGCCAAGUACCGCCUCUCCGAGUUUCAGCUCUCGCAGUCUUAUCUCUUCUACUGGGACAAGAUUGAGAAGGCAAACUACUUUCUGGAAAACAUCUUGGAUACAGCUUCUGAACCUCUCGAUGGCCGCAUCGUUCAAGAGUUACUUACCUCUCCAGUAUCGGAUGGUGGUCAAUGGGAUAUGGUAGCUAACCUCGUCGAAAAGUAUGGACUCGUGCCACAAACAUUAUACCCAGACUCCUUCAAUGCCAUGAAUUCAUCCACCAUGGACAGACUCAUCACCACCAAACUCCGCGAAGACGCCAUCCGUCUCAGAGCCCUGACAACCAGCUCCUCCUCCCCAGAAACCCUAAAAUCCACCAUCGCCGCAACAAAAGAGAAAAUGCUCCGCGAAAUCCACCUCAUCCUGACCCUCAUGCUCGGCCCACCGCCUUCCCCCGACAAGCCAUUCGUAUGGGAAUUCCACGACCGCGACGGCAACUUCAAAUCCGUAAAAACACGGCCCACCGCCUUCGCAAAAGAGUUAUCAGACAACCGCACAAUGCGGGCGCUAGGCGGCACAGACGUCCACCGCCUCUUCUCCCUCGUCAACGAUCCCCGCAACCCAUACAACAGACUGCUCAGCGUCAAGCGCCUCGGCAACGUGUACGAGGGCCGCCCAGUCACAUACGUCAACGUGGACAUGACCACGAUGAAGAAGGCUUGCAUCGACAUGCUCAAACGCGGGUUCCCCGUCUUCUUCGGCAGCGAUGUCGGCAAGUACUCUGAUUCCGCAAAGGGCAUCAUGGACACGGACCUCUUCGAAUACGAGCUCGGCUUCAACGUCAAGCUCGGCAUGAAGAAGGCCGAACGCCUGCAGACCAAGGAGAGCCAGAUGACCCACGCCAUGGUUCUCACGGCUGUCCACGUCGUCGAUGAUAAGCCUGUGCGGUGGCGCGUGGAGAACUCGUGGUCUGAUAGCGUGGGCGAUAAGGGAUAUUUUGUCAUGAGCGAUGCCUGGAUGGAUCAGUUUGUUUAUCAGGCUGUUGUGGAUCCUGUCGUGGUUAGUACCGCCGUGCGCAAGGUGUUGGAGCAGAAGCCUAAGAUGUUGGAGUUGUGGGACCCGAUGGGUGCUUUGGCGUAG